ACCGUGCACGAGGAGAUCUCGGUUAAGUUUGUUGGACUUUGAUAUUCGUACAUACACUCUAUAAGACUAUUAGUCGGACGAAAUUGUUCUUCUGCAACAAUUUUGCUUCUGUUCUCGCCAGACCCACGGAUCCAGUGCGGUCGAGACUGUCGUGCAACCAGAAUAUCUCCACUGCAAAAGAUCACCGCUCAGAGCCCCUUCCUUCCCUUCGACAGGCAUCCUCCUUCCUAUUGUACCUAUACCGUCAUCGGUGAGGAAGCAGCCCCAAAACCUUCAAUUGAAGAGCAUUGCAUAUUUGGCCAAAAGUCUAGGACGGCAUACUCCACAGACGCUUUUCCACAGUGCACACACUGUCACACUACGAUAUUAGUAUCCUACGAUGGUUGUCUCACAUGAACGAUCUCCCUCCCCCUCCCCUGAGGAGCCCAAUUUACUCAAAAGGAUGAAGAUGAACCAUAUCUCUUCGACCGAUCAAGAUCCAAAAGCGUCUUCUAGUGCAAGCCUCGAUCCAACUCCGCAUUUUGCCCCGGAGGUCUUGCAUCCGAAUAACAUUCAUAGAUUGAACUCGGAGUACGCGUCCAGUGAGCCCUAUAGAUAUGCUGUGGUGGACAAGUUGUUCCAGGAUGACUUGUUGAAGAGUGUGAAGGAUGAGAUCUUAUCGGAGUUGAGCUUUACAGAGAAGGAGACGGAUAUCUACAAGGUUAACCAAACUGGAGACCUCGCCUCACUUUCUUACCUCACUGAAUCUCAAAUUGCUCUCUUGCCGAACCUUCUCACUCUCCGUGACGCACUCUAUUCAGCAAAAUUCCGAGAAUUCCUUCGGGCAGUCACAGGAUGCGGACCACUCUCAGGAAGCAAACAAGACAUGUCCGUCAACACGUACACAAAAGGUUGUCACUUGCUCAACCACGACGACGUCAUCGGGACCCGUCGCAUUUCAUACAUCCUCUACAUGCCAAUCCCUCACUAUCAAGGAUGGCAGAAGGAGUGGGGAGGCGCUUUGGAAUUGUAUCCUACGAAACUUGGUCCCGAUGGAACACUCGAACCCGAAAAUAUUCCUUCCAAAAGUAUCCCACCUAGUUGGAAUCAAUUUAUCUUCUUUGUGGUCCAGCCUGGAAGAAGUUUCCAUUCAGUUGAGGAAGUGGUCGUAGGUGAAGGUGAAGAUGGGAGGCAGAGGUUGAGUAUCAGUGGAUGGUUCCAUGUGCCACAACCUGGUGAACCCGGAUAUGAACCCGAAGUUCACCCCGCUGGGGUCAAGAGCUCACGCGAACAAUUGGCUUCAACCUCGACUGAUUUUAGAUACUACCCUGAAACCGGCGAAACACCCUUGCCCAACCAACCUCUAUCCGAAGAACACAUGUCGUUCCUUUCAGAAUACAUGAACUCCGUUUACCUCCAACCACGGACAAUCAAAGCACUCUCAUCUCGCUUCGUCGAAGAGUCCAGCCUUGAACUGCACUCAUUCCUCUGCGAGCCCCUUGCUAACAAACUCUCAGCCGGACUCGCAGAAAAUGACGCAAGAGACGGUCUCGGUCCCGAUCGUGAGACACCUAUUCCUCCACAUACCGCCGGUACAGAUGGCAUAUGGACACUCAAAGGACCUCCACACAAGUGGCGAUACAGUGUCUUGAAGCCUCAAGAGGAAACGGGCAAGUUCGAAGCUGUCUUUCCUGUCAGCGCACAUGCGUCACCAGACGCUAUCGUUCGCAGUCUGCAAGAUAACUUAUUCCCAAGUCCAGCAUUUAGGGCGUGGUUGGCGAACGUAUCCCAGUUGCUUCCACUGAGGUAUUCAUCGGAAGCGAGAAGGUUUAGGCCUGGACUUGAUUAUACGCUUGCGACGAGUGAGGAGAAAGAGGCGAGGUUGGACGUUGUGUUGGGUUUGACCCCUCAAUUUGGUGAGGAUGAGGCAGAGACAACUCCUAGCAAACGGGAUCGUGAACGUGAACCUGCGGGAUGGGAACUUGGUGAAUGGGGUGGCUGGGAGUGCUACAUGGCUCCACACGAGGAAGAAGAUGACCCAGCUGUGUACCGAUCUGGAUCAUCCAAGAAAGCCAAGAACGGCUCUAGUGGCAAAGCUGGACCAUCGACAGAGUCCAAUGGUGAUCACCCUAUGUCCGAUCCUAUCGAGGGUGAUGAAGAUGAAGACAACGGUACUCUACUGACGGUGCAGCCCGGUUUCAACCGUCUACUCCUCGUGCUACGUGACGAAGGUGUCAUGCGGUUCGUGAAAUACGUUUCAGCUGCAGCAGAGGGCUCACGAUGGGACGUAUGUGGGGAGUAUGAGAUUGGAGCGGUACAGGAGAUGGAAGAAUAAGUAUUUACUUGAUAUAACGAAUGUAUUUCAUCUUAAUGCUGCUUAAUGCUGUCACUGACCUUAUGUAUUUUAUAUUCACCUUUUACUCAUUCCCGAUCGUGGGAAUGACUGAACAGUGUUUUUGUAAGCGUAAAACCCAGCAAUAUAUGUAUUCAAGCGAAAAAUGGAAGCCUAUGUAGGUAGUCUUAUUCGAAGACUGUUUUCUUUCCCUGGCUGGGAACGAUAGC